ACAAGAGCAGUUUAAAGCCAGCCCAAGAAACAAAUUAAUUAUAAAUAGCAAACGAUUCUCAAAAAGAAAGCAAUCCACGAUUCAGAUUCUUACGACUAAGCAGUUAGUUGGAUUUCCUCUUUAUCAAUGAAAUAGGCACAUUCUUGUGCCGCUUUCAUUCAAAAAAAAAGCAGUUAGUUGGAUUACAUCCAAAGAAAGCAAUCCCUUACUUCACAUAGUAGGCAAUGGAUGGUGCAAUGGACAUCACGUUCCAUUCAUUCCAUGCCACACUCAGGAGUCCAUCUUAUUCUUAAACCACCAACCAAGCAAAUCUGUCCAGCUGAAAGCUCUACAUCACAUAUCUAGCACCCCUUCAGGCGACCUCUUUCAUCAAGCCAGCCCGCCCCUUCCCUUUGCUCACACACCCAACACCAUGAACUCCACCUUGGCAUCUAUCUCCUUCCAAUCCCCCUGUUUCAAGCUUCAACCAGCUUCUCAACUGCGCCUCUGGCCUCCUCGACAACAGGAGACAAGCGGCGCUCACACAAGGAAACAAGGACUUCCCCUAAAGCCUCUACACGCAGUACUAGGAGCAGACAGAAACCGCAGACUCAAAAAUGCUAACCUCAGAGGUUCCACCUUACCAUCUUCGCCCCUGUCAGAUGUUGUUCAGGAGUUUUACUCCUCCCUCAAUGAAAAGAACAGCAAAAGGCUGGAUAAGUUGAUUGCACCUGAUUGCAUCGUCGAGGAUACCGCAUAUUAUAAGCCACUGGAUGUCAAGUGUACCCGUAUCUACUUCAAAAGACUGAUGGAAUCCAUGGGAGAGAACGUCAAAUUUGCCAUCGAUGAGGUUUGUCAAGGUGCAGAGCACACCGCUGCAGUAAUGUGGCACCUUGAAUGGAAUGGAUACAUUAUCCCCUUUACCAAGGGCUGCAGCUUCUACAUAGGUUCUGAAAAUGGAGCAGUGCUUCUUAUCAGGAAAGUUCACAUCUUUGAUGAGUCACCACUGAAACCAGGAAAGUGGGCAUUGGAAAUACUCAAUAUUGUCACCAGCUUACUCAACAUGUUCCCCAAAAUAGCUGAAGGUUUCCUCAAGGAUCCAGAAGCAGUAGUUCAACCUUUCGUAAAGCUCUACAAAUUUUAUGUGGAGCCUUUUAUCCUCCCUUUUCUAGCAUACUACACCCACUUUUGGACAUAUGUGGCUCGAGGAUUGACUGUGGUGCUCCAUAUCUUGUAUAACUUAUUUAAAAGGCUCAUAUAAAGAGCUAAAGUGACUGAAAUUCAGAAAAAUAAAUUUGCAAAGAAUCAUCUAUAUUAGUAUAGUAUUAGCAGUAACAUCAGGAACGAGUGGAGAAGCAACCAGCCCAUGAGAACCAGCUGUACUAUGGGAAGAAUUAAUGACCCAGAACUUUUUCAAAUGAUGCUAUUCUGGUUAUCAUAUCCA